AUGGCAGCCUUUGAAAGACUGGAGAAGUGUUGCGAAGAUGCCAAGAACUUACCAGAGCCUGAGGAGCACGAGAUAUCACCUGCAAUCAAGACAUUGCAAUUCUACUUCCCAAGAAUCUUUACAUCUGACGCCCCAAGAGAGAGAACUGUAAUGUCAGAGACACUAGGUAAAUUGAUACCUGAGAUCUUUGAACCAAAGGAGGAGGACGAUUAA